AAUGUGGCUUUGUGACCCAACGCCAUGGAUACCCACAUGAAAAAGUUUUGGUUGCACAUUAUGAUCUCUCGGAUGGUCAUUUUUAUGAUUGUCAUUCGAAGUUCUAGUUCCACCAUAUUUGGUGCCACUGGAGAGGAGCCACUGGAUACCGUGGUGGAGGGUGCUGAAAAUUAUUUAGCAUUUCAUACCAGAAGUAGAUCACAUGGAGUGGGGGCCAUGGAAGACGAUGCAUGGCAAAUGGUGGAGAAGCAAGGGAACCAAUUUGUGGUUAACGGCCGACCUUUCUAUAUUAAUGGAUUCAACACUUACUGGUUGAUGGCAUUUGCUGCGGAUGAAUCCACCAGAGGAAAGGUCACCGAUGCGUUUAAGCAAGCAUCUUCAGUGGGGCUAACAGUUUGUAGGACUUGGGCAUUUAACGAUGGACAAUGGCGAGCUCUUCAGAAAUCUCCUUCGGUCUACGACGAGGAAGUUUUCAAGGCCCUGGAUUUUGUGGUGAGUGAAGCAAAGAAAUACAAGAUCAGGCUCAUAUUGUCAUUAAGUAACAACUGGGAUGCAUAUGGUGGCAAAGCACAGUAUGUGAAAUGGGGAAAAGCUGCUGGCCUGAAUUUAACAUCAGACGAUGACUUCUUCUCCAAUCCUACUCUUCGGGGCUACUACAUGGCACAUGUUAAGACGGUGCUUAAUAGAAUCAAUACACUCACAAAUAUAACUUACAAGGACGACCCCACUAUCUUUGCUUGGGAACUAAUGAACGAGCCACGUUGCACCUCGGAUCCCUCUGGAGAUAAACUACAGUCAUGGAUACUAGAAAUGGCAGUUUAUGUGAAGAGCAUUGAUCCAAAACACCUGGUGGAGAUUGGUUUGGAAGGGUUUUAUGGCCCCUCAACACCUAACAAAGUUCAGUUCAACCCAAAUACACAUGCUCAGCAAGUGGGAACUGACUUCAUUAGGAACCAUCAGGUUCUUGGAGUUGAUUUCGCUUCUGUUCACAUUUAUGCCGACUCUUGGAUUUCACAAUCAAUUUCUGAUGCCCAUCUGCAAUUCACAAAGUCAUGGAUGGAAGUUCACAUAGAAGACGCAGAAAAAUAUCUUGGGAUGCCAGUUGUGUUUAGUGAAUUUGGUGUAUCUGCAAAGGAUCCUGGGUACAAUCCGUCAUUCCGGGACAACCUUCUCAGCACAGUGUACAAGACCCUCUUGAACUCUACGAAGAAGGGAGGGAGUGGAGGCGGGAGUCUCUUCUGGCAGCUUUUUCCUGAAGGUACAGACUACAUGGAUGAUGGAUAUGCAAUUGUUUUAUCAAAAUCUUCUUCAACGUCAAACAUCAUAUCCCUUCAUUCCUCAAGACUUGCGGUCUUCAACUCCUUUUGUACUUGGAAAUGCCGUUGGGGCUGCAAGAAGAAGCAUGCUUUGGAGACAUCCCUCUGCAAUGAGGAUGUGUAAAAAUUAAACAUGAGAAAGAAAAUGUCGGAAAACAAAAGGGGUUUAUUACAUGAGAAAUGAUAUUUG